GCCUGUGAGUGAGCAUAGUGGGAGGCACGUGGUUAUUCGUUUGUAAGUAAUCCCCCCCCCCCCACCACACACACACCCCUUCCGAGAGAGACCGAGAGAGAGAGGGACAGUGUGUGCUGCAGCUCUGAUCCCAAAGGCCAUGGAAGACUGCUCUCUCUCGUAUUGGAUUUACAUGGGGGUGAUGUCCAUGUUCGUCGGAGGGGCCGUGAAGAAGAUCCUGGCAUCCCAGGUGAGAGCGGCCCCGACGCUGGUGGCCUGGCUGGGGGCGGCGGUGCUGGUGGAGAGGCUGUGCGCGCUCUGGCCCCCCGCCGUCCUGGCUCUGGCUGUGCUCUACGCCGGGUGCUGCUUUCUCUCCGGCAGAGGGGCCCGCGGGCUCCCCCUCCCGGCCGAGGGCAGGGCCGUCUUCAUCACAGGCUGUGACUCUGGGUUUGGGAAAGCCUCGGCGCAGCAGCUUGACGCGCUGGGCUUCGAGGUGUUCGCCAGCGUGCUGGACCUGAGCGGGCCAGGAGCCGGGGAACUGCGGCGGGUCUGCUCCUCCAGGCUCACACUCUUACAGAUGGACAUGACAAAACCUCAGGAGGUCCAGCAGGCCCUGCUCACCACCAAGGCUAAACUGGGCCUACGAGGUCUAUGGGGGCUCGUGAACAAUGCAGGGAUAUGUGUGAACUUUGGCGAUGCAGAGUUAUCACUCAUGUCCAACUACAGAGGCUGCAUGGAGGUCAAUUUCUUUGGGACAGUGAAUGUCACCAAGACCUUCCUCCCGCUGUUACGGAAAGCCAAAGGCAGGAUUGUGACCAUUUCCAGCCCUGCAGGGGAACAGCCAUUUCCCUGUCUGGCAUCAUAUGGAGCUUCCAAAGCGGCUCUUGGUCUCUUCAUAAACACCUUACGCCAUGAGCUGGAGCCUUGGGGGGUCAAGGUGUCCACUGUCCUCCCUUCAGCUUUCAAAACAGCCCAGACAAGCAACAGCAAGUACUGGGAGGAGCAGUACAGGCACCUAAUCCAAAACCUGCCACCAGAGCUGCUGGAAGAGUAUGGGGAAGACUACACGCUGGAGACCAUGGAGCUUUACCAGGAAUUCUCCAAGACGGCCAACGAAGACCUGAGCCCAGUGAUCAACGCCAUCGCUGAGGCGCUCACAUCCCCGAAUCCCAAACUGCGCUACUAUGCCGGGCCGGGCGUAAGCCUCAUGUACUUCAUCUACACUUAUUUCCCCAUGUACAUCAGCGACAGGUUCCUGCAGAUGCACUUCCUGAAGAAGAAGGUCCUGCCACGGGGCCUGAGGAUAGACAGUGGCAGCCAUCACAAUAACAAUAACAUUAACAAGACAUGAAGAGGCAUUACCGCAAAUGGAACAAGUCAUGUGACACCUGGUAUCAUGGGAUUUCCCCAGCCACGACUGAGGAAGGGGGCAACUGCUUCAUUGACUUCAGUGGGGAAAAUAGAUUUAAAUUAAAUAAUUAAUUUGUAGUUCAUCAGUACUGUUACAUUCUGUCAGGAUAUUAUACAAGUAUUUUGACAGUCUUUUGGGCAGGUCACUAGCAAGGUAAAUUGCCACAUUUUUUAGGCUUUGGAAAUAUCCAUAGGGACUGUAAGUAGCCAUGGAUCUGUAAUGCUAAGAAAUGCCCCCAACAAAUUCCUGUUUAUCAUUACCUUCUUGAGUUCCCAUGUAAUUUAGGGACUGAAUAUUUAGCAUGUACAGUGAUUAUUAAAAUAUAUAGUCAAAGGAUAUCCAUCGUCCUGUCAAGUUAAUUACAUCAGUUGUAAUGUAAAAUGUAUCAUUAAAUGCAGCUACUAUGCAGUUAUUAUAGUUACUGGUCUUGACAAAAUUACAAACAAUCAGCUAGAGCCUACAGGGAAAGGCAGCUAUAUAAACAAAUGGGCCAUCUACAUUUAUACAAAAUUUAGCUUGGAUUUUACAGUGACACAUUUUUGUUGUUUAGGCUCUGUACUCAAGCACAUUGGAUUUGAAUUGAAUCAAUGACUAUGAGGUUAAUGUGCAGUCUGUCAUCUUUAAUUUGAGUUUAUUUACAUUUAUGUCUAGUAAUCCAUGUAGGAAUGACAGCCCUUUUAUGCAUAGUUCCCCCUAUUGUAGCGGAUCAAAAGUAAUUGGGCAUAUUUAGCACUUGGUUAAAAAAAAUAAAGACAAUUCAUCCAGUUCCAGUGGUAGCCAUACAUGACCAAGCCAUAACAAAUUUCAAAGAUGAGGUUCCUUUCUUUCUUUUUCUAAAAAUGUUGGUACAGGUUAAUGCUCAUCUCAUCUUUCUAUAAAAGUUUGUUCCUAAACUGGAGUUUUUAAAAUGUAUUUUUUAGCAAACUCUAACCUGGCUGUUCUGUUCUUGAAGCUUACCAGUGGUUUUCAUCAUGCAGUGAAUCCUCGGAGGUUAGGCUGGAGUAGCUUUCUCUUUAUUUUAGUCAUUGACACAUCUAUCUAUGCCUACAUCUUGGAAAGAUUUCUUGAUCUGUUUGACAGUUGAAAAAGGUUUUUUCUUCAAAAGUGAAAGUAUCCUUUGGUCAUCCACUACAGUGAGCGUCCAUGGUCUCCCAGGUUGUUUGCCAUGGCUGAGCUGGCCUGUGUGUUCUUGUUUCCUAACCAUGCAAACUGUUUAUUUCGACACACACAUUGUUUUGGCUGUGUCUCUGAUUAAUUUAUUCUAUGAUAUGAUUUUUUCAUACCCAUUAUGGUUUGCCUUACUGGUAUUGUCACUUAUUUGAUUCUCCUGUUUAGAGACAAAAGCAGCAGGCUCCAAGUGAAAAUUCCACACCUAGAAUCAACUCUAGACCUUUUGUUAGCUUUUUUGUGCAUGAACCAAUAAUGCAACACACAGCUGGCCAAGAAACUGGUAGUUUAUUGUCAAAUUACUAAAAAUGGCUGUAAUUCCUACUUGGAUCACCCAAUAUGAAUGUCUGCUCUUUAACAUCAUAUCAGUGUUUCAUUUAAAAUACAGUGUGCCAGAGUACAGAGCCAAAACCUCACUGUCCAAAUACGUACAGACUGCACUGUAUAAAUGCAUAAAUUUAAACCCAAAACCAGUGCUUUCUGUUCAGAUGCAGCAACAGUAAUGCAAAGAUAGAUUGUGUUUUGUUCAGUACUGCCACAAUUUUGCAGCAAAGGAUAAAUACAUUUCUACAAUCAAAAACGACCUGCAUGGAUUCAAUGAAGGUUUCCAAUACAAUUUAUCUGUGGUGAAUUAUAAUUGUGUAACUGUUAUAUAAUUAAUUAUUGUUGUUUGAAGUUGCAUAGCUGUCAUCUCAGCAAGCUGGCACAUUACCUAAUGACUAAUUAGCCAACCUCCUAUACAGCAACAGUAGCUACUUGGGGUAACUUACAUAGUUACGUAGCAAACAUCAAAUACAAUACCUUGCUUGAAAACUGGGGAUCCCAUCAGAGUUAGCAUCUAAUGCUAUACGGGCUAGAAUAUACAUAGCUAAGUCAGCAAAUGCUGCUGUAUGAUUAACAGGACACCAACCAGUGGAGGUUAAAUAGCCAAGCUAACAUGAAUGCAUUGACUAAAUUAGUUUGUGUUAGUCUGUAUUCUGCCCAUUUAAUUCUUUCCAACUGCCUCUGGCUCUGUAGCUUCACUUGGUCUCAAAAAGCUGUAUUUCUUUCAUUUUUUAUUUGCAUUGCAACUUCCAACACAGGAACACUUCAACAUGUAUGUGUCUCCAUAAAGGUUGAUGAUGGAAUUCAGAGUUUUUGCCCCUUUGUAUCCAUUGAUAAGGGUUUCAGAGCACAGUUACCUUGAUGCCUGACUUAAUUCAUUAUACAUUGGCUCACUGUACAAAGACAAGUUAUAGGACCACUUUGGACACAUUUAGUGGCCUUUUUGGCAUUGUAUUAUGCUAUUUGCUUGUGUAUUAUAUUUUUGAAUGGAUCUACUGCACCAAUCAAACUACACCAUAAUGUGUUCAUCCUACUGCACUGGACUGGACACACAGUAUUUUGGGGUGAGGACCUGUCUUCAUCUGGUUCUGCUCACAAGCCAAGCUCAAUUGCCAUUGCAGGUCCAUUUCCGUGGCACUGAUUCUCUUGAUUCAGGUAGAUUUUUACUGAGUGAACUUUCCCCUGACCUUAUCCCCACUCUUCCUUCAUUGGUCUUCAGCCAUUGAUAUUGACUUAAUUAAUUGGUUACAGCCCUCUGUCAAAUGUACAUGGGUAAACACGCACAUACAGAGGCUCCAACAAUACUCUGGCUAAUACUAUGCUCCAAACACAGCAAGAAAUUACCUCAAAUAGCUGUUUUGUACAUAUUGCAGAUUCACUGCACCUUGUAUUCAAUGAUCCAAGAUAUCAAUUAUUAUUUUUUCUUUAUUUGUUUUGUUGUUUAUGUUGUUUUGUUGUGCAACUGUUUUUUUGUUUGUUUGUUUGUUUUUGUUUUUUGGGGGGAGGGUUCUGUUUAUUUCCCAUUAAUUCUUCAAAUCAAUGUAUUCAUGCCAGUUUUCUUCAAUAACUUCUAGAGCUGUGAAUUUUUAUUAAAAAAAAGAAAAACUUUGUCAAUUGUUCAAUUUAUUUGAUAUUAAAUGUAUUAAAUUCACCUUUAUAAACUA